UGCGCAUCCGCCUUUCCCCUGACGUUAGCCGCGAGUUACGGCAUGGCCGCCAUGGCAGCUGAUGCCCCGCGUUGCUGCACUUGACGUUUAGUCGGAACAUGUCAUUUUGCAGAUUUCAUUUUCACAAAUGGCAGACACUUUUUUCGGUUUCGAUACCACGCUCGGAGAGAAUAAUCUAGAGGAUGGACUGGAUUGUCCAUUGGAGGAAGAGGAGCUCGAAGAGGAAGAAUACGACGCACUGAACGAUGAAACAUUUGGUCCCGAUGCUGCUAUCGGUGAUUGGGAGGAAGACCAUGAGAAGCUUGCCGAAAUUACUGAAUCAAAUCGCCUUCAUAAUCAGAGUGCAACAAAUAAAAAGACUACUUCUAACAUAAAUAUCGAGGAUAAUUUAUCACAUUUGGUAUUAGAUAAGGAAGGAAUAGUUCCCCGCCCUGGUGUAUGGGGUAGUCCUUUAAAUUUAUCUCUUCCAAAAGCGCAGCCGCGAUUAUCUUUACCAAAUGCCUGUACAGUGGAAGAAUUGGAAAGAGGGCUUAUUGCAAAUAGACCGCCACCAGGUCUCAGCAAACCACAAACGCAACAACAACAGAAGAAGUCUGAGGGUUCACUUCUCUUUGAGGCUCUCUCUUUGAAUGAGAAACUUCAAGUCAAUGGCCUACCUCCACCACGUUUUCCACCAGGAUUGGGUCUACCUGGAGCACAUCCUAUAGUUUUGCCCAAUAUAAGACCACCACAUCCUCAAUUGAUGCAACAUCCUAGAAUAUUAGGCUUAAUUAAUCAAGCUGGUACUGUAUUACGUUAUCCUUCACCACCGCAUUUAAUGUCACAUUUAAUGCCACAACCAGUUCCAAGGCAAGCUCUUCAUGGCUCCUAUGGUUUUCCUCCCCAACUACACCCUAAUUUAGGAGGCCCACAGUUCCUUCGGCCAGAUCACAUGAUGCCUGCAUUUCCUAACAACCAAACCAAUCAACAACACCAACAUUCUUAUUCACAUUUAGGAAAUCAGAGAAACCAGAACAGAUCUUACUAUCAUAAUGAACAACAAGCCGGACAUCAACCAUUUUUUAAAAAUAAUCAAUAUCCUCACCGUAAUCAUGACAGAAAUAAUCAAAGAUCUUAUCAUCAUCAACAUUAUUCUCACAACAUUAACGGUAAUGCUUCGGGAGAAUACGAACACUCAGGAAAACUUGCUAUAAAAGCUCAUGAGAAGCAAUGGUUAAUUAAUAUUCAAUUGUUACAACUUAAUACAAUUCAACCGUAUGUUGAUGACCACUAUUAUGUUGUAUUCUGUGAUAAACAGAAUAAACAACAUGCAAAUCAAGAACAAAAAGAUAAGAAACAUCAUAACAACAAUGGAUAUCACAGGGAUCACAAAGAUUGGGAACCAACACCUCAAACCGCUUCAAGAUCAGCAUAUACGCCAGCUCAGUUUGAGAAUUCAUUAGGCAAACUUCAUUGCAGUAGUGUGACAGCACCACGUAAACUUAUCGAUAUGGACGUUGUAUCAAAUAGCGACUCUCAGUCUACUCCUCAGUCCCAGCAGAAGGACACUAAAAAAACACGGCAAUUACUUCUUGAAAUCGAGAGGAUGUUUACACUGCAAUUCAAACUUGAAGAUUUGAGCAAUCCUCUUGCUUCAAUUCCGGAACCACAACAACAGGAAGGGGAAUCUGAAGUAAAUACGGCUAAAACUGAACCGGAAUUAAUAAACAUGAUUUUAACAUGUAUGCAACAAUUAAUACAAGAUGAUAAAUUAGCUAGUAUGCUAAGUAUUCGAAAAGGAAAGGCAUUACUACUGCGUUUUUUACCUCACCUGAAUGUGACGGAAUAUAGUAAGCAGUUAAGAGAAUUGUGGACUGCGAUAUUUAAAGGAUUAGCCGUGAUAGGCCGUAGAGAUUGUCAUAUAUUGACAGACUUUUAUUCCGAAUUUCGAAGAUGGCUCGAUACUGUGAAAGAUUUUGAUACCAUAUUGCGAUUAGCAAGAGCAUUAUCCGACUCGGCUACUAAUCAUCCUAUUAAAAAUAAUAGCUUAGCUUUUGCUCUUUUGAAUAAGUUUGGUGUAUCUGCAAUAGCAGCAAUGCUCGAGCAAGCUGAACAAUUGUGCGACACAAAUAAUUUCCUGCCUUCUGAGUGGUCAACUUUUGUAAUGACAAUAGUUGAGCUAAUUGGUGACGCGCCACCCUGUGUUGCACCUUGUCAACCAAUUAUUGCAAAUACGCUCAAUAAACAUCUGAAACGGAUUUCCAGUUUAAAACUAGAAAGGUAUACAGCGCUAGCGUGCUUGUUGACUGAUGCCAAUCCUUUACGAUAGUCCAACGUUACACAAGUUAUACUUGAGUUUUUUUUAAGAUACCAUUAUAAAUACAGCUCUGAUGACUAUUGAUUAGAUGAGUUGAACAAAAGACGAACCAAAUGAGUACUCAAUUCAUUAAUGCUUAUACAAUGAUUUAUUAAUGUACAGUUCAAAAGUUUUGCUAAUUAACAUUCUCAUUAUUAUGUAACAAGCUGAUAAAGAGAAAUAAAGUCUACGUUUUUACGUAAGCACAAUAUUGAGAAUCUAGGGGAUACAUACUCGAUCCCGUUGAUAGAGGAUGCAUGUUUGAGAGCCCAAGAGUUACAUUACAUUCUUCUUACUACGUAACUGUGGGCUGGCACUUCUUUAGGGUAAACUUAAUUCUAGGUGCAGCGUAUUUAUGAAUUGUUUCAAGCACUACGAAUUUUUAAAUGAUUUUAUGAUUAAGGAAAAAAAAAACAGCGUUUUAGAAUAGUCUUCAUUUUACUUUAAACGCCUAAACGCUGCCCUAUCGAUUUAUAUGUUAAGGGGCAGACUAGGCGACUAUUAAUGAGUAUACUAUUUUCUCUUAAGAAUUAUUAAAAAUAUGUAUAUAUUUUACAAAUAUAUACAUAUAUUGGUAUAAAGCAAUAUGCUCUUCUCGCUCGUUCAGAUUACAUAACGCUAGAAUUUAGUUUAUUUCUUUUCUUAUUCAUAUUCGUCACAAUAAUUCGUAUGUUAUGUUUGCAGUUUUUUUUUAAAUUUUUGCCUCAAUAUCAAUUGUUGCGAAUGCGACAUUGUUUCGAUGUUACAUUGCUGUUGCUAAUGCACUAGUUGUACCAAAAAAUUUAUCGUAACACGGCAGAACGAUAUAAAUUAAAACCUAUUCAAUUUGUAUAGCGACAAAAGGAUUUUAUUAUCGACGAAUAGUCUGUAUAAUUUUAAUACUAACCAAGUAUACGUCUGUUCGAACACAGAUAUAAAAUUACCACGAUAUUCUAUAACGAGUGAUAUCUCAUAUUCUGUUUGUUAUCGUCAUACAGAUUGAAGCUUUUGCUAAUAAAAGAAAAAACGAGCAUGCAACGUCUUCUUGUAAAGUAGAUAAAGCGAAAAUUGUGCGUUUGCUUUUUGUGAUUAAAGAUAUAUUUUUAUAAAAACGCUAUGUUUAUUAUGUUUAAAAACGAAACAAAUGUAAUGGAGUGCUAUAAAAAAGAAACGACGAUCGUUAAAUUAACUUAAGAAUCCUUCAUAGUUUAUCGUCAUUACGUCUAUUAUGUACUUGUCGGUGAUAUGCCUGUAUAUUAAAAAAAAAAUUGAUUGUAAAUUUAUAACAGUCUGAAGAUAUAACUGUAGCUAUUGUGUAUGUACAGAAUUGAUCUAAUUUGAAAUCAAAGUCUUAAAUAAAUGUUUUGCAUCCUACGUA